UCUCGUCGAAAUAAUCCACACCUGCUGUCUCAAAACCAUUUUCCCAGUGUUUCAUUACCAAUUGCCCACCCCAGAACAUCAAAAACCUCAUCAGCCCAGCAUCAACAAUACAAACCUCGGAAAACCCCGUGAAAAGCUCUCUCGAAAAAUCGAAAAAACGUUCUAGAAACAAAAAUAAAUAAAUAAUCGAGUAUCGGGCGACGACUGGUGGUGGCAGUGUGCUCUACACGAUCAAAAUGGCGGCGAUCACUUCAGAUUGGCGGUGAACGUUACCGAGAAAAGUCCACGAAAUCAGUGUUUUAUCGACAAUUCCCCCAAAAAAGACAGAUUUAAAAGAAUCAAUCCAGGAAAAUCAGGGACAGUUUCUCAUUAUUCACCCGCGACACCUUCUCCCCCCAUCAAGUUUGCUAUUUCAUUGACACGAGGCCCAACGGAAGAACAUUCGGAGGCGUGUUGGAACACGUAAAAAUCACCGGAUCACUUCGGUGAUUUUUUAAACACAAAAUCAACGUAAACAAUCGAUAAAUCAUCGAGUAUUGUGCCUCAGCAAUGCUCGUUACUCACCUCAAUACAGUUCCUGACAGUUGUAUCGGGAUUAUCGUGAAGAGAGAAGACAAAGGGACGUCAUCAGUGGUGAGAUACGUCGCCAAUAACGCUUGUGACCCUCAAGUGAGGAGUCAUUAGACCCCUUGUAGACGAACACAACCCCCAAAAAUGAAGAUCGAUCGUAGCAGAUUGAAGAAGUGUACUUCUGAAGUGCCAGCAGAAUGCCAGGCCCUAAUAAGUAAGCUACGAUCCUGCUCCCAUACCGAGCUCCUCGAGGAACUAAAGCAGAUAGACGCCUGGACCUUCGGCAAGUGUGAGCUAUUCCACUGGAUCGAUGUCCUCGAUCUCAGCGACAGCAUCCUCGAGGAGGCAUGCGCCAGGAGCCCAGACAAUCCCUGGGAGCUGGCAUGUGAUCUGCCCCAGAACAGAGAAGCAAAGGAGCUUCUUCUCUGGGUCCUCCACUUCACAACCCUCUUGAUAGAGCACUCGUUCUCACGUCACCUGUACAACAGCAUGGAGCACCUGGUGACACUGCUCUCCAGCUGUGACAUGCACGUGGUACUGGGUGUCCUAAACCUCCUCUACAUGUUCAGCAAGCGAAGUAACUUCAUCACACGUCUGAUAAACGACAAACGCCAGGCACUGCUCAGCAGAUUGAAUCACCUGGCUGAAUCCUGGGGGGGAAAGGAGAAUGGAUUUGGCCUGGCUGAUUGCUGCAAGGAGCACCCUGACAAGGCAUUCCCAGUGAGUGCGACAACCCUCCACUUCGAGUACUACGCUGAAAAUCCAACGACAUCUACAGAGGCACCAGCCACCCCCAGCUCACGUAAAACCAGUCAGACUAAUCUCGUCACUUACAUUCACAUCGAGAACGUGGAUAAACUUGGAAAAACACCAGCCCAGAUAAUGAACGAUCUUCUGAAGUACUACAACGUCCCUCAGGAUCGACAAAUGGCACUGUUCACCCACAUAAGACUUGCCCACAGCUUCUCAGACUAUCGAAGACGUCUGCAGUGCGUUCAGGCUCGUCUUCAAGCCCUCUCAGUCUUAGUUUAUAGUCACGCCUUGCAGGAGAACGCCCACAGCCUCCUGCACGCAGGUCUCCUCGAGGAACUCGUCGAGCUCCUGGAGCUGCCACAUCAGCACCUCGUGGAGAUUCGAGCAGCUGCACUGAGGGCAUUAACCAGCAUAAUUCAUCUGGACAGAAACCCCCACUUCCCCAAGAAGCCAGGAUCACGACUCAACAUGAUUAUAGACGUCACUGGAGCGAGCUCUUACCACGGAUUUCUUCCUGUUCUCGUCAGGACCUGCAUCACAACCCUCACGUCUCCACAGCCUGACGGACAGCCCUUCCCCCUGCCCCUGGCAACAGCCCUCUUCAGCUUUCUAUACCAUCUGGCGAGUUAUGAGGCUGGGGGGGAGGCCCUCGUCUCCUGUGGCAUGAUGGAGAUCCUUCUCAAAGUCAUCAACUGGCCUGGCAGUGAACUGGAACACAUCACCUUCGUAACUCGUGCUGUUCGCGUCAUUGAUCUCAUCACUAAUAUCGAUAUGCAGGGUUUUCAGGCACACGGGGGUCUCAGUAGCUUCAUCAAUCGACUGGACAUGGAGGUCAACGUCUGCAGGAAGGAGCAGCCCUUCGAGAUCGAGCCACACAUGUACAAUCAGGACGUGGUGCCCAUGAAGGAGAAGUCCGAGGGGCCCGAGGAGGCUGGACCCUCUGGGAUCACCAGUGAGACCAUCGACGAACGCGAGGAGACCUCCAACCCCAUGGAGUUCUCAGAGGACGAGAAUACAAACUCCAAAUUCGAGGGCAAAGUCGAGCAGAGGACUGAGGGCUCUGGGAGGUCAGGGAAGACUUGUCUCCCUCAGAGGGCUGCUCUCCUCAAAUCCAUGUUAAAUUUCCUGAAGAAAGCUAUUCAAGAUCCUGCCUUCUCCGACAGCAUCAGACACGUCAUGGAGGGGGAGCUUCCCUCCUCUCUGAAACACAUCAUCAGCAAUUCGGAGUAUUAUGGACCCUCGCUGUUCCUCUUGGCGAUCGACGUCGUGACGGUCUAUGUGUUUCAAGAGCCCUCGUUGCUGUCAUCCCUCCAGGAUAAUGGGCUUACUGACGUCGUUCUCCAUGCAUUAUUGAUCAAGGAUGUGCCUGCCACUCGAGAGGUGUUGGGAUCACUUCCAAAUGUCUACAGUGCACUCUGCCUCAAUCAAAGGGGCCUUGAGUCCUUCGUCAAGAGACGUCCCUUCGAGAAACUCUUCAAGGUCCUCAUCUCCCCGACGUAUUUGUCAGCCAUGAGGAGACGCAGGUCUGCUGAUCCGCUUGGUGAUACUGCCUCCAACCUGGGUAAUGCCAUGGACGAACUUAUGAGGCAUCAGCCCAGUCUGAAAGUCGAUGCCACUGCUGCUAUUAUUAAGCUACUCGAGGAGCUCUGUGUCCUUGGGUGUGAUCCCAGGUACGUCUGCUACAGGGCUGCCAAUAAAUCCGAGAGUUCUCCAUCGAGCUCCAGCUCUGGGAGUCGACAGUCGUCAGGGCAGUCUGUGGGGGUUGGCGUUGGGGACAAUGGUACUGGCGGUGGUGGAGGAGGUGGCAGCAGCAGUGAUGAAGAGGAGGAGGACGAGGAGGAAGCCAGCACCAGCUCUCAUCCCCAGAGGGACGAGCAGCCUUCACCCUCUCCAGUGCAGCCUGGACCACCUCCUCAACAGCCCAGAGAGAAAACCCCUAUUGCACUUGUCGAUUACAUUCACAAUGUCAUGAAGUUUGUGGAUGCUAUACUGAGUAAUAAUUCCACUGACGAUCACUGUCGUGAGUUUGUUGCGCAGAAGGGGCUUGUUCCACUCCUGUCGAUCCUCGGGCUGCCUAAUCUACCUGUGGAUUACCCAGUGGCACAAGCUGCUCAGUCAGUAGCAUCGGUUUGCAAGAGCAUCCUCAAUCUUGCUCAUGAGCCACAGGUCUUGAAGACUGGGCUGUCGCAGUUGAACGAAGUUCUUAAUCUUCUGAAACCACUUCACAGUCACAUGGAGUCACCAGGGGGCUCGGUCCUCCUCCAUGAAUUGGCUUCAGCCCCUAAUCUGGAGACAGCAUUCACCAGUGACACUGCAACCCCCCUUCUUCAUGCUAUGAACGCAGCCCACGGAUACGUCGUCAUGUUCGUUCAUGUUUGCAGAACGAGUCAGACAGAAAUCAGAAAUUUGUCCAUGAAUCAUUGGGGCUCCGAGCUGGGACUGUCUGUUCUCCAAGGAUUGUCAGAACUCUACAUGUCACUUGUCUGGGAGAGCACUCUUCUGCUGGCUCUCUGCAGCGAGGGCAGUAUUCCCCCAGGCUGUGACUUCGGUAAAGAAGACAUGGAUAAGUUAAUUCCAACUGAAUUGAGGGACGCUGAUGCCUCAACCUGGCCGAGUACCUCAGUUGGGGAUAUGGGGAGCAAUGGUAUGACGACUGCCAUGGAAGCACUUAGCACAGAUCCACCUCCAGUGUCAAUGGAGAUUGACGAUAAACCCAGCACCAGUGCCACUGGACGAGCAUCUCCAAGUGCCCAUCAACUCAAAUACAUCAAACCUCUGCUGGGGGCUUCGUCCAGACUGGGAAGAGCACUGGCCGAACUGUUUGGACUUUUAGUUAAACUCUGCAUGGGCUCACCCAUCAGACAGAGACGAGGACAGCAGCUCCCCAUGAUGCCAACUAUUCCCAACUCAGCAGCACGUGGUGUCGCCUGUGCACUGAAUGUCCUUCUCACCAGGGGUCUCUCCUGGGACAAAUUGCCACCCUCACCGAUUCCAAAGUUCAAGCUCACUUUCCUCAUUUGCUCGGUGGGCUUCACAUCCCCAAUGCUAUUCGACGAAAAACGACAUCCCUAUCACCUGAUGCUCCAGAAAUUUGUGCAGCUACAGGGGCAGAAUGCUUUCUUCUCCACUUUUCGUUGGGCACUCUCUGGUGGGGGACAGUUCUCGCUGUCAGAGGGUUUGGAACAUCCUGAUCUCCCCGAUGGCACUGGAGAAUUUCUUGACGCCUGGCUGAUGCUCUUGGAGAAAAUGGUGAACCCCAAAGCCAUUCUGGACUCCCCUCAUGUUGGAUUGUCCAAGUGUACAGGGGUUUACAAUCCUUACAAGUCCUUUGAUCCUAAAAAGUACCUUCAGGAUGUCCACAAGAAGGCGUUUGAAGCUGUCAUGCUCAUGUGGGGAAAGAAACCCCUCAAGAAUUACGGUGCUAGGAUGACUGAAUCGAUCCUCUCGAUCUUGAGGCACAUUCUGAGGGGAGAGAAAAUCAUAAAAGAGAGGACUGAGGAGGAGGAGGGUGGGGAGGAGACCUCAGGGACGAGCACAAGUGGCACAGCAACCACUAGAACAACUACUGCUGAGAGACGAGAGGAUCCUGAGGCUGACGUCAACCCUGAGCACUUAAGACAACUGAUGGACAUGGGAUUCAGCAGAGCCAACUGUGUAGAGGCACUCCUGCAUAAUCUGACGGUUGAACAAGCCACUGACUACCUCCUCUCGCAUCCAGCCACUCUUCGCAGGCCAGAGGCACCUGCAGGCGACAGCUCCUCAGGUCCUGUGAUGGAUCUGGACCUCGUUGACGACCAGAUUAUGUACGCCAUAGCCAUGAGCCUUGGGGAUAAUGAUUCCAAGAAGGCGCCUGGCCCUGAGGAGCCAGUCAGGGAGACCCCAAUUACCCAGACAAUCGACGAUUUUACAUCAACUGCUCUCGAACAGUGUCUCAAUCUCCUGGACCUCAUGCCUGAUACUGUCUACAGAGUCUGUGAUCUUCUCGUUACGAUAACCAAACGAAAUGGGGAUGAAUGGAGGGACAAGAUGCUCAGACAUCUUAUCAAGGAGAUCGACGAGCUAAUGGACCAUUUGAUUGGAAUUGCACUGUCUCAGGACGAUGAUGCUGGCAGCAAACUCGUGGAGUGCGAGGAGGCCACUAAAAUCGCUGGAAGGAUCUACCUCUACACUCUCUUCUUCGAGGGGACCUUCCAGGAGAUGAGGGUGCCCUGUGCACAGAUCGUCAACGAGUGUGGAAUCCUGGACCAGUUGGUUCGUCUUCUUGUCAUCAGUGAGGGCCCACUCACAGCGAUGAAGAAUCAAGCAGCUAAAGAGAGCAAGGAGGGACAGCCAGUGGUCGCUAAGACUCCCAAGUGGCUCGCCCCACUGCUCCUCCUCAUCGAUCGUCUCGAGAAAGUCGCUGUUCUCACUCAACGAAAGCAACUCAUGCACAAGGUCACCAACAGGGUCUGGAAGUGGUUCGAUUUGAGCACUGGAAAGUGGACCCCUUACUCCUCCGUCAAUAAUCGAUUGAUCAAUGAUGCUUACUGGGCUGGGGAGUCCAGUGUGAGAAUCAACUACUCCAGGAGGAGAUAUUUAAUAACAUUCUCCUGCAUGACACAGGUCAAUGAGGACAGUGAGAGCAGGAGACCCAUCACCAUGGGCUUCAAAUUUCAAAAUACUGGGACUGAGGACUCGAGCUCCAGUUCUGACUCCAAUAUGGACACUGAGGAGACCACGACUGAGGAGAAACGAAAUACAGUGAUCGAGGGAUUGGAUCCCAGCAUUGCUCCGAGUAUCGUCAGGGCGUGCGUCAAACUCCUGGCGAUUCCUGUGGACAGGGACACCCUUCAUGCUUUGAUGAAAGUCUGCUUACGACUGACUCGCGAUUACAAGAAUGCUGAGGUGUUCGCCAGAGAGGGAGGGGUUCAACUCCUUCUCGACAUGACUCAGGCCAACAGUUUCAUCGGUUGCAUCGGCCUCAGCACUCUGCUCAUUCGUCACACUUUGGAGGAGCCCAGAACCCUUCGUCUAGCCAUGGAGAAGGUCGUCAGGAGUCGAACCCAGGCCAACAUCCCCCCAGCUUACAAGGAGAUCCUCUUCAUGACUAGGCAGAUCAGCAGUGCUGUCUGCAGGAAUCCCGAGGUCUAUCGAGAGGUCUGCGAGAACAUUCUCAGGGUUGACAUAAGUGUCCUCAAGAGGGACGACGUCGACAAUCGUUUGGUGGUAAAAGCACUGCCCCCAAAUCACUCAUCAGCUAUGCCAAUGGCUGAGGACGUGGCUGUCUCAGUCAUUCACGAUCUACUGGAUGCCCUCAUCAAACCAGCCCCUGUGUUCUCCGAGGACAACACCACGACCCCCACUGGCAGCCCCGAGAAGAAGACAACGACAUCGACAUCAACGACUCUUGGAGUCUCGUCGUCAACGUCCCGACGUAAUGAGGGGGUUCGAGGGAGUGCAGCCACAGCAAAUGGCCCCCUGGACGACGACGAUCAGAUUGUUCCCCUCAAGAUGUCCACUGACUACCUGAACAACGGAAAGAUCGAGCCUGAGGAGGCGAAGAAACCCCUUCUCCCUAAAUCAGCCAUUCUCAAGAUGUUGGCAGAGGCUGUGAGGUCCUAUGGAGCUGUUGCUAAUCUCAUCACUGAACACAGUUAUCGGGCUGGCCAGAGUGAAAUGGUCCCCGAGGACGUUUCAGCCCUGGCCUUUCUCCUCGAUAAACUGCUGCCAGUCUCCCCUGAGAACUCUGGUGACAAGCAGUGCAGCAGCACGGCCAGGAUGCUAAUCGCUGCCAUUGCCUCCUGCAAUCACUCCCCAGACGCUCAAUCCAGUCUGGUUACCGAGGUGAAGGCUGCUUUAACCAGGACACUGGCGCAGCCUGAGAGCUCGGAGAAGCAUGCACAGUUGCAACUGCUGAUUGGACUCAUCUCCACGAUGAUCGACAGUUGUCCACCCACGUCGCACUCCCAGCUGCGAGCUCCGUUGAAGGUUCAUCAGUACAAUAACGUUAAUUACAUCGUGAGGAUCAUGCUGAGGAAGGGAAUCAUCACUGAUCUCGCCAAGAUUCCACACAGUCUUGAUCUCUCCAGCCCCAACAUGGCUGGCACCAUCAAUGCUGCGCUUAAACCACUGGAGACCCUCUCCAGGAUUAUCAAUCAGCCCAUGCCAGGGACUGUCAACAAUAAAUUUCCUAAACCGAAGAACAGGACUAUUCAGGAGGAGCCCAUUGGCGAUCAGACUGGAACCACCACUUCGGAGGCUACUCAUGCUGUGGGGGAGGAGGCUAAUGAGGAUGCUGAGAACACUGAGCAUGACAUAUCGCUGAAUGCUGAGAGCCUGGAGCCAACUUCUGAGAGCCAGGUGCAUGAGGAAGGGGAUGAAGCUGCUCUCGAGGAUAUAAUGGAUCAGUUGCUUGAGAGUGUUUUGUUCCCCAGGGACGGCUCCGCCGUUACAGAAGAACCCUCCUCUCGUUCCCAUCGACCUAUGGAUAUUGAUGAUGAGAGCCUUGCUAUGAGGGAUGCCGAGGGGGAUUUCGAUCCCACCAGGGAUACAACCGUAAGAGAGGACUUGAUGAGUUCUGAUUCCGAUUCAGAUUCAAAUCCCUCGGACGACAACGAGGACGACGUUCAAGAUGACGAGGACGAGGAAGAAGAGGAGGAGGAGGACGACGAUGGUGAAGAGAACGAGGAAGAAGAGGAGGACGAAGAGGAAGGCUCCUCGAACUACGAGGAAGACGGUAUGGACUACUAUGAGGACGUUGGUGAGGGAAUAUUCAGAAUGCUACCAUCAGCAGAGAGAGACGGCAGUAAUGUCGUCAUGAUUCAACAUAAUUUUGAUAAUCACGAGAACAAUUCCACUACUCCAGCGUCAACGAGACAGAAUCACCCCUGGAGUGCGAGUUUUCCCCUGCCCCUGGGAUUAUUCGAGGACCUUCCAUCUGUGUCCGAGUCCAAUGGAAUUGGCUCACACCCAUUGCUGAUGGCCCAGGGGAGUCUCGACACUGCGAACACACGUGCACAGAGAUCAAUUCGCCAGAGAAGGUAUCAAUACCUCCACCUGGCCAACUCUAGGAACGCAAAUCCCCCGGUUAUUCUUCAGAGACUGUUGGUGCCAGCAGCCCAGAGUCUCCCACUGUCAGCGACACAGAUGUUGGCCUCAAACUUCCGAGACACAAGGGUCGUCCUCAUGGACAACAACGGCCUUGGAAUAUUCUCGAAUCAGGAGGAGGAGCAAAUCGACUUUGUGGAUCAAUCUGGAUACCUCUUCGGUCCCAGUCUGGCAGCAACACUUAACAACAUCCCCACAGCCCUCCACUGGUGGAUCGAAGAAAGCAAGCAGCUGGACGGCGACUCCCAGCCGGACUGCUGUGUUGGAGUUGUCCACAAGCUCGUUCCUGGCCUCGAGAAGCACCGAAAUGCCGAACUAGCCGAGAGAAAGGACAAACGAAAGAAGCAACACGCCGAAAAAGACACUGAUAAAGAGACCAAAGAGAAGGAGAGCUCGAAGCCACGUGAAUCAAAUUCAACGAAUCCCCCGGCUGUUGAGGAAGAGCAGCCAUCAGGUUCUCUCCUCCAAAUGGCCGCUGACGAUGCUCUCGACGUGUCAAGACGUCUCGCUGACGCAGUUGAGGCAGCUGUUGAGGCAGUUCGACAAGAGCGCAAUCGAGACGAGAAUAUAAUUGAAGUAACUGGGGACAUGGAGGUGACACUACCAGAGGACGAAGUCAGGACUCCAUCACCACCGACUCCACCACCGCCCCCACCACCUGAGGAGAACAGACCUACUCUAGCUGAUCAUCAUGCUACACUGGAGCUAGCUGAAAGUAUUCUCGACUCUGUUCUUCAUCCCAGUGCUGAAGAGGCGACAAGACUACGAAGACUGACGACCAAUCGAGAGCCUGAUGAAGUGAAUUUAAAUCGUUCGAAUACCUGGUCCAUUCUGAAUGACUUUGCUCAAUCAACACCAGAGGAAGAAUCGACUCCCAGGGAGUCCAGGGAUCCACACGCCUGGGUCCACAGAUUGCUGGCGCUUGAGCAAUCGAGAAGAGAGAAUAACGCUAAUGUCCCACCUCAGGACGCCUCGGCAUCGUCAUCAUCAGCUGAGAGUGCCCCAGUAGUGACUGAGCAGCCUUCCUCGACUCAAGUCCCAGAGCCUCAGACCCAAUCCCAGACAGAACAGCCACCAGCUGCUUCACAAGACCCGCAGCUUACUCAGGAGACCCCUCAGGCCCCUCAGGAGCAGCCACAGGACUCUGCUGGUCAACAAACGUCUUCAUCAGACUCCCAGAUCCCUGACGGAGUCGAUCCCUCGUUCCUAGCUGCUCUCCCCGAAGAAAUGAGGGACGAAGUCAUUGCUGAACAACUCCGACUCCAGAGGAUUCGUCAACGAGCCCAAGCUACUGUCGUGGAGGAAGUCACAGGCCCGGUGGAAGUCAAUCCUGAGUUCCUAGCUGCAUUACCCCCAGCUAUUCAGGAAGAAGUCCUUGCUCAACAGAGAUUGGAGCAGCAGAGGCAUGCUGCGGCCUCCGCUAAUCCAGCGGACCCUGUCGAUGCUGCUGCCUUCUUCCAGAAUCUCCAGCCUUCUCUGAGGCAGGCAAUCCUGACUGACAUGGAGGAGUCCCAGAUGUCUGUUCUCCCCCCAGACCUCGCUGAGGAGGCGCAGAACCUCAGGCGACAGUGGGAGGCGAGAAAUCGUCACAUGAUGCAGGAGAGAUUUCUCAGCCACGUCAGCCAGGGGAACACCACGCUCUCCAGCAUCCUCAGGAAUUCUGGAAGGGGUCGGGGUAAUCCCAGGUACGCAAUCUCUGGUGUUGCUCAGCGAGCCCAGUGGAGCUCCUGGGAUCAACGAGGGGACACAACUCUGAGCCAUCAAAGUGCUGGACUUCGACUUCGUGGAAGACAACUGCUCGAUCACGAGUCGAUGGCCUGUCUCCUGGUGCUUCUGUUCGUCGAUGAGCCCAAGAUCAAUACUCUGAGACUGCACAGGGUCAUCAGGAAUCUCUGCUACCACGGCAGCACGAGGGAGUGGGUGGUCAAAGCCCUCUUGAACAUCAUGGAACGGAGCAAUGACGAGAAUAAAGAGGUUCUCACUGAUUUCACUGGGAAAUUCAAACGAAAAUCGGUUCAUCCAGCUAUUGACUACUGCUCUCCCAAGUUAUCAGAGUCUAGGAAUAAUUUUCAGUCGUGGUUGAACAUCAGCAUUGAUGCAGCUCUGGGGUGUCGUGCCAAUGUCUUCCAUAUCGUUAGACAUGGAUCUAAGAAGGCUGAUCGCCAGGGGAAUGUCAUUGCCAUUCACCCACAGGCAGCACCGACAGUCUGCAGGCACACUUUGGAGCUGCUCAUAUCACUGGCUAAAAGCUUCCCAGGGUACUUCGUUCCAACUAAGUCCAAAGAGGAGGAGAAACUUAAGGAGAAGGAGUCCAGUGUCAAGGAGGAGAGUGGAGCCAAGAGCAAAACAACAUCUAAAUCGACAAAGACAGAAAUGCCAGACUUUUGGGAUAUGCUUUUGAAGCUCGACUCGUGUGCCUCGAAGAAGGGAAAAUCAGUCGCCAGAACUCAUUCUAGUUCGGCCAUUGGGUCUGAACCCGAGCAGAGUCUCACGUCGUUUGAAUCGUCGGCCUUUGGGGGAUUGAUAUCAAUGCUCCACUGGUCUGUUGUUAAGAGGAGCUCUCAGCUGACUGACAAACUCCUUCGUCUGCUCUCACUCAUCUCCAUUGGACUGACUGAAGUGAAUCCCUACAGGAGACAAGACGCCACUAAAAAUAAAAAGGUUGAACCCAGCAAGGAGCAGAGUGUUGCUGCACCCGAGGGUCAUCUGAGGCUAGCUGUUCAGGUUCUAACGAGCAAAAGCUGCUCCGAAGAGGGUCUCGAGGAUGCAACUGCACUCCUGCUGAACCUCUCCCACUGUCCAGAUCCUACGAGACAACUGAUCCUCAAACUCCUGCUGGAAGGGGCCAUGGAACUAGCCAAUAUGGUCUGCGAACAUAUCAACGAACUGAUGAAAGAGCUGAAGGUACUGAAUCGUGAAUUGAAGAGGAGAAAUUCCCUCGAGGAGCAGCCGUCAACGAGUGGUGGAUCUGCUCGAGGAAUUCUCAUGGACAGAUUUACCAUGGACAAUGUCAUCGUCACUGCUCCAGCUAAAGUCAAAGCAGCUACUGAUCUGCAAUUACCAUCGAUGAGUGCACUCGUCAGCAAGACAUCUAGUCAAGCAUUUUUCUUACGCAUACUCAAGGUGAUUGUCCAGAUCAGGGAGGCUGUCAACUUGGCGAAUAAGAAGAAGAGUGAGAGUGCACAGGGGACUGGUGAGACUGCCAUGGAGACUGCUAAUACCUCGCAGGUGCAGGAGUCUGCUGUUGAUGAUAAUGCCACUGCUGAUAACUCAGCUAUGGAGACUGCACAACCAGCGCAGGCUGAGGUACCACCGAAGGCCUCCAACUCGAAAACAGAGGAGGAUAAAUCGACUCUACCACUGCUGAGCGAGAGCCUGGUUCUGGAUAAUUUAUGGGAGACCCUCAGUGCUUGUCUUCUGGAGCUGGAGCACACACCUGAUCACCAUGCAGUACUGGUUCUUCAGCCAGCUGUCGAGGCGUUCUUCCUGGUUCACUCGUCAUCGAGCACUUCGUCCAAGGAUCGCAAUAACGAAACUAAUAACGAGACUCGAGAGGCUGUGGCUGACAUGGCGCCAGUCUCUCCGAUAUUCCCGGACUCUGAUGGAACUUCUACGAAUGAAAUUUCGAAUAACUCGGGGGCGUGGGACUUGGCACCAGCACCCACGAAGACGCUGCCCUCUGAUCAGUUGAAGUUCUUGAAAUUCGCUGAGACCCACAGGACUGUUUUGAAUCAGAUUCUCAGGCAGACCACGACACAUCUUGCUGAUGGGCCAUUCAGUGUUCUCGUGGAUCACACCAGGGUUCUGGACUUUGAUGUCAAGAGGCGGUACUUCAGGACGGAACUGGAGAGGAUGGACGAGGGCAUCAGGAGGGAGGAGCUCGCUGUGCACGUCAGGAGGAGCCACGUCUUUGAGGACUCCUUCAGGGAACUGCACAGGAGAAAUGCGGACGAGUGGAAGAACAGGUUUUACAUCGUUUUCGAGGGCGAGGAGGGCCAGGAUGCUGGGGGACUCCUCAGGGAGUGGUAUGUCAUCAUCUCCAGGGAGAUAUUCAAUCCCAUGUAUGCGUUGUUCACUGUCAGCCCUGGGGACAGGGUCACUUACAUGAUAAACUCCUCCUCUCACUGCAAUCCCAAUCAUCUUUGCUACUACAAAUUCGUGGGGAGGGUCAUUGCCAAGGCUAUUUAUGAUAAUAAGCUGCUCGAGUGCUACUUCACCAGGAGCUUUUACAAGCACAUCCUCGGGAUUUUGGUGAAACACACGGACAUGGAGAGCGAGGACUACAGCUUCUACAAGGGACUUGUUUAUCUCACUGAGAACAAUAUCACGGAUCUGGGGUAUGAGCUCACUUUCUCGGCUGAGGUCAAUGAGUUCGGGGUGAAUGAUGUCAGGGAUUUGAUUCCCAAUGGGAGGAAUAUUGUUGUUACGGAGGAGACUAAGCUGGAGUACAUCAGGCUGGUGUGUCAGAUGAAGAUGACUGGAGCCAUUCGAAAACAAUUGAAUUCAUUCUUAGAGGGAUUCUACGACAUUAUCCCCAAACGAUUAAUUUCAAUAUUCAAUGAGCAGGAGCUCGAGUUGCUCAUAAGUGGUUUACCAAAUGUUGAUAUCGAGGAUCUGAGAGCGAAUACAGAGUAUCACAAAUACAGUCCCACUUCACUACAGAUUCAGUGGUUCUGGCGUGCUCUUCGUGGAUUUGAUCAAGCAGAUAGGGCUAAGUUCCUUCAAUUCGUAACGGGAACGUCGAAGGUACCUCUUCAAGGCUUUGGGGCACUUGAAGGCAUGAAUGGUGUACAGAAAUUCCAGAUUCAUCGGGACGAUCGUUCAACUGAUAGAUUACCGUCCGCACAUACAUGUUUCAAUCAACUCGAUCUGCCAGUCUACGAGACAUACGAUAAACUGCGUAGCAAUCUACUUAAGGCAAUCCACGAGUGCAGCGAGGGCUUUGGAUUUGCAUAAAUUGUUUUUACAUAGCAAAGGAACCACCUGAUAAUAACAAUUACCCAAUAUCUUCAUGAAUUAACACUCGACCCCCACCAGAAAAAAAAACGCGUAACAACCGAGUAAAUUCAAAGUGAAAAGCGCCAAUCCUUUCGUUCGUUAUUUUAAAAUAUUUUUUUUUUACACUUUAUAAAGAGCAACAACAAGAUGAUAAAUGAACCGUUAACCGACGUCAUUAAUAAUCCAACUCGGUAAUCGGUUGAUAUACAUAAUUAACUAAAGCGUAUGUACAUACAUGUACUCAUUUUGGGGGGAUGUAAUUAUAACUGAAUCACUGUGCAACGCUUCCCAAAUGUCAGAGUUUAUUUUGUUGAAGAAAAAAAAACUGAUAAAAAAAAAUGAUAAAAAAAACGUAAUAAGUAAAUUUUUGCAAAAGUUUGUGCAGAGCUUAAAGUUGACUUGAAAAUAGCGAAGAAUGAUAAAACAAUGAUUUAAAAGAAAAAAAAACAAUAAUGGAGACUUUAGUUAAGAACUCGGUCGUAAGAAUUAACAGUUAAGUUCAUUUGUAAGCAUUAAUUAAUAAAGAAAAUUGAAAAAAUAAUGAUAACGUAGAUGUCUUAGAUCGUUGAGGGAUACGAGAGAGCAUCGAGGAUAUAAAUUGUAUGAUAUUGCACUUGAUGAUAUGAUAAAGUGAUCAGUGAUGAUGAUUAGAUCGAUUAUCAAUUGGGGAAUUCAAUUCUUUCCCUUUUUUCAUGUCCCUUUGUUCUUUAUUUUCGUUCGUGAGAGAGUAAUUAGAGGGAAAAAUACGCAAGAUUAAGACUGCAGGGAUCGAUAAUGUUGUAAGUAUGAAAGUGUGAAUGAUUAUAAUUCGUGACACUAAACAGCCUAAAUGAAAUUGAAAAAACAUUUUUCCACGCGAUGAUAAAUCCUGUCCCCUCAUGACAGAUGUAUGGUUGUACACUAUUUAGUAUUAAUAAUUCUAGAUAAUUUUUAAAUGGUAAUAGCUGAUAAUUUCUAAGUAAUAUCAUUUUAAUAUUAAUCAUUCGAAGAAAGAAAAUUGUGAUGUUGUUAAAAAAGGGAAAAAUAACGAGAAAUACAACAAAA